AUGGUGGUGGCACGCCAGGCACCCGCGCCCGCAUUGCGCUCCGCCCCGCCACCGGCCCCGCGGUCCGCGCGGAAGGCGGCACGAGAGUGGUACCGGGGGGCUGUAGCCACGUCGAACGCGCUAUUUGCGCUUCUGGCCAAGGCAACGGCGGCGCUGGGCAACGCCUCGCUAGAAGAUGACCCGCUGUCGAUAAAAGCUCAAGAACUGUACCAGCACUGGGACACCGCGUUCGCCUUGCAAGACGGCAACCGCGACCCGCCUGCCAACAUCACGCUCCCCGCAGGCGUGCCGUUCCCCCCGCACCUGGAGCACUGCGCGCGCCGCACUGCCUUCCGCCUCGCCUCAGAGCGCCGCUCCUCCCCCUCAGAGGACCCUGCAUGGGCCGUGCGAGGCCCAGACGCAGCGCUGCUGACGGCGACGCGGCUCGUGCAGACGGACAUCUGGCUGCACCAGUUCCCGCGCCACAACUGCCGCGGGCGGCGCUUGCUGCUGGUGCCGUGGUUGUUGAUGCGGGGGCACGGCGUGGGGUCACAGCUGCACGUGCUGGGUGCCGUGCUGAGCAUCGCCAUCAUGUUCAACCGCACCCUCGUGCUCAUGCCUGGGUCCUUUGCUCAUGCCGACCACGCUGCCUGUGAGCGUCUGGGGGCCAAGGGGUCGCUAGACUGCUACUUCUUCCCCGUGGCGUCACUGUUGUUCUCCCCACUGACCGGGCUGGGCGCGGACAUCAAUUCUGACGUCAUCCGUUACCUCCACCGCAAAGCUCCCAGGGUGUGGGGCAGCAAUGUGUUUCUGAAGCGGCGCCUGCCCAACGAGUUGAUGGAUGCCAUGGCGCCUAACACCCCCUCUCGCAGACAGGUGCACUGGUGGAGGUCUCAGGCGCUGCGCUUCAUGCUGCGCUGGCCCACGGCAUACAUGUGCCACCUUACCAACCGAGAGCGCCACCAUGUGUAUGGCAUGGAGGUGGCACGGCAGCUGGUGGCGUCGCAGCAAGAGCAAGCGCAGAUGCUGCAGCGCGCUGCUCUCUCCAACGCAUCAAGAACUCUCAACACAUCGGCCUCCUCUGAGGGGCUGGCCCAGCUGCCCCUGCCGGAGGUGCCCCCAGGUGGUGCAGCGGACAGCGCUUGGCAAGGAGAUGGCUUCCAGGGCUGCAGCUGGGAUGCUGCUGCCACGAGCAGUGACAGUGAAAACGGCAGCAGUGGCAACAGCAGCAAGAGCGAGGAAGCGAACCCAUUCCUGGAGACGUACAAGCAGGUGGGGGGAGAGGUGUACAUUCCACGGCCCAUAGUGAGCCUGCACCUGCGUCAAGGCGACAAGGCGACCCAGAUGCAUCUCUUCUCCUUCUACUCCACGAUGUUCCUCGCCAACCGCGUGCGCCGCCUCAACCCCUUCCUGCGAUACGUGUGGCUCAGCACCGAGAUGGAGAGUGCGGUGAAGAAGUCCGCUCAGUUCACCGGGUGGACAUUCUUUUACUCCAAGAUUCACCGCCAGGGCUCAAACGAGGUGAUGUCCAAGUACAUACGGGACUCGGGCCUGGAGCAAACGGUGGGAAGCAGCUUUGCCAACCUGCUCAUUGCAUCGGAGUGUGACUACUUUGUGGGCGUGCUGGCGUCCAACUGGAACCGGCUCAUCAACGAGCUCAAGAACACAAAUGGCCGCUUCGCUUCUACUCCGGUUACUCCACUCUGA